GGAAGCACGGAUUCAACAUACUCGCAAGGCUCAGAGGGAGAGGGAUCGGUCUACGCGGAGACAUAUCAUGGGUUUAUGUUUGGGGAUCAUGACCAUGGAGAAGGGAGUCAAAAGUAUGCGGACGGCGCCGAGCGGAAAAAUAAUAACCAGAACCGGGAACUACCACAGAUCUUCUCCCCAACUACUGCGAGAACACCCAGUCCUCCGCUUGAGAGCCACUACCGACGCCACACUCCGAUUGCACCUCCCGUCCAACCUCGAGCCAGGUUAGGAGGACGAGGUGAAGUAGAACCAACAAGUCCAACUCCCAUACGCACCAUCACUGUAGCACGCAUCACAAGGAAACCAGCAAGACUGAGACCAGUGAGCACCCAGCAAGAUUUGAGGACUCCUUCUCCGCUGUCGGCUACGUUGAAAGGGCCGGGGCCACAUGUCCCGGAUGGAGAUCAAUGGGAGACUUCCCCGGAUACUUCCACGAACGGUGCUUCUGCUGCUGGUGGUGCCAGUCAAGGGGCUCCGAUGUUUGCUAGGGAGUUGACUGCCAGUCCUGAGGUGAUGAGUUCUGUUGCGGAAGAGGAGGAUGAGAGGAGGGGAAUGGUGAGUAGGUGGUCGACAGACUCGUCGGACUUGUCGGACUCGUCGGAUGAGGAGGCAAUAGAUAUGGAGGUGUCGCCUGUUCCUGGUUCUCUUACUCGGGAGGUAGGACGAGAGGCAGGGCAAGAGUCUGCACAAAAGCCGUCGGAAGAAUAUCAUGAAGCUCAAGAAGUAGCGCAAGAAACACCAUCCGCACGAGACAGCACCAACACCAGCAGCGGCAGCGAUCCCUCCCCUGCUUCCCAAAAAUACAAACGGACCGAGAAACAAUACAGCGAAGACGCAACACUCCCGUUCAACAACCUCACCACCCAGCUUGCGGCUCUCGAAGCGUCCCUUAAUCACCUCGUCUCUCACGCCAGUGAUCUCGACACAGCCUUCGGCCAAGUGCGUGAUGCCAUGAUCGCUUUGCGUGAGAAGGUGACGGAGACGUUGGCUGAUACCCAGCAGUUCCUUGAUGAGAUUCAGGGAGUGGAGGGACAACUGGCGGAGGUGAGGAGGGCUAUGAAGGGGAAGGGGAAGGAGAAAGAAUUUGUUGGCAGCAGUGACGGAAACCAAGAUGGGAGGGAAGAAGACAAGGGACAAGGAGAAGAGAAUGAUAAUGACAAAGGUAAGGAAGUGGAACAAGACAUGCAGUUUGUUGGUGAGGACGGUAUUGACAGAUGAACUAGGAGAUCAACGAGAACAAGGAAGAGAGGUGGAUCAAAGAACGGAGCAGAAAGAAGAACAACACCAUCCAGAGACAUCACCGGAUAUGUCGCCGAAGGAACCUCCAAGACGACCACGGAGGGGACCACCGAGCGGACCGGCGCCGGGAGGGACGGAGUGGGUUUGAUGUCAGUCCGGACCCCGGAGCCUUGAGUUCGGGUAAGGCUUGAGAUGGGAGAGGUGUUGGUGACGAGGAGGGAAGAGGAGGAAAGGGGGAAAUAAACAAAACCGAGCGUAGAAUUGACCACUUUCACAACAUGAUGACGAUGCCCAACGUGAAUGUCGCUUGACAGAUGAGGUCUCACACUGUCCCAACAAGUAGUGAGCAUCACCAUUGACAUGUUCUAGGUGAAAGUGCCUCAUUUUUGUGGCGAGAUGCCGUAUCAUUGCCAAACCAUCAUGUCGAUGCUGUGAUGUUUAUAGCAGAGAAUAACAA